AUGGCUUCAGAUGUUCAAAAGUUUUCUCAGAACGUGCGCACCAUCCGAGAUGUUUACUCCAGAAAGAGAGACUCAACCAAUCUAUUCCCACCAGCCGGGCGGGUACUGAUCGACAUGAGGAAGGAUGUCAUGGACGAAAUACUCUACUACACUUUCUGGUAUGAGGAAGGUAUUGGCACGCCUCACUGCGUGCGCUUGGCGGAUGUUACUGGCGCGCUCUCUGGCGAAAUUCUACGCCUGAACCGCAUGUUGCCUGAGUGGAAGGGCGACUUCGAGAUUGUGGGCGAUCAGAUACGUCCUCUUCAGCAGCCUUUGCCGCGUCCACAAAUUGAACCGGAUGAUCUAGCUGAUCUCGACGACGUUUUUGAACAGCUUCCUGUUGUCUCAGUGGACCCCAACAAGCAUUUCACCAAGCGAUGCAGAUACGAGAGCGAAGUACGAAAUCUCCUCAAGUGUCAAAGGGGAUCAUGCCCAGGGACACCCAUCUCCGAGCAUAUCAUUCAGCUGCUAGGGAGAUCGUCGGAUCACGAGCUCGUCUUCGAAAAGUUCAAACCACGAUACCUCGUUCUAGGACGGGUUCACCCUUUAUCCACGUACAUUAACUGGAUCCUGCAACUGAUAUCAGGCGUCAAAACUCUUCACUCGCUCGGCAUUGUCCAUCGCGAUUUGCGCAUUGAUAAUUUCGUAUUUUCUAGCGACAGUUCUCAGAUUAUCAUUGUCGAUUUAGAAAGCCACUGGGGGAUUCGUCAGGCUCCUGAGCUUUCACGCGAUCCGGAUCUGGAUGCCGGCUGGCACGAAAAAUCGGACAUAUACGACUUGGGAGAUGUCAUCAGGCAUAUGGUGCUUGGAAACGCUCCUAUUAUAGACCGAGUUGACAUUCCUGUUCCUGCCCCCCUGAGUCAAAUUGUGGAGGCUUGUACCCACACUUUACCGGAAAAACGACCUAGUUUGGACGAACUACAUCUAAUGGUUUCAGAUCUUGAACAAUAG